UACGUGUACGCACAUUAAUGAUAUCCGCUUUCAAUUCCCUGCCACAUUAGCGCUGCAUGCCAUGUGCCUGUUGUCAGCGUUGUCGAGAUGACAUUUCGGAUGAGAAAGUGGCAUACGUACAUGAACGUUCGUGAAUUAGAUUAGCUUUAUUUUGGGAGAGACAUAACCGUAUCCAUGAUCCCGAAUUUUACUGCAGGCCUACAUCAGAGUACAUAUUUCCGUGUGUAUGGCAACACCUACAACAGACUGGUUCCGUAAAGACUGCUGGCCACACACUAAAUGUCCACAAGGUGGAUUCCAGAGGGAAUAUUUAGUGCUACCAGAAAAAAGUACUGGGAUGACGUCACCUGGCGCGUAUCAGUGCGCGGUGAAAUCCGCCAAUGAUGCACCAUAAUUGGCUCAUGAAUAUCUAUGAGGUGUGGUAAUGUAUUGCACUGGUACCGGUACACAUAUCUUCCUGUCCUGAAAUAAAUAUGAUUCGGUUUAUCGUUUAUGGUUUAAGUGCAAAAAAGCUCCAUUGGAUAAAAUUGUGAACAGUGGACUGUUACUAACAAUAGAAGUGGACUGUCACCAUAAGUGGUCUAUUAACCAAGGUUUUACUGGUUAUGAUGACUAAAUUCUUCUCAAAUUUUCCUUGAUUUUGCUCAGUCUACCAACCUUCUCUCAUUUCUUUUUGCAAUCUCUCAUUUUCCACUCCAGUUGGUGCCUUAGUUAGUGCUACCAGAAAAAAGUAUGGGAUGACGUCGCCUGGCGCAUAUCAGUGAGCGGUGAAAUCCGCCAAUGAUGCACCAUAAUUGGCUUAUGAAUAUCUAUGAGUGACCAUGGCCACUUCUGUCAGUGAAGAUGACGAGAAACAUUGUGAUGAGAGCCAUGCUCAAAAUCUUCUGGAUGGCUUAGCCUGCCUUCGGGCCAAUAGUCAAUUCUGCGACAUAGAGCUGCAUAUUGGCAAGUCUACGUUCUAUGCCCACCGUGCUGUGUUGUCUGCCUGCAGUCCAUACUUUCAAAGCAUGUUUGCUGGUGGGAUGAGAGAGGCCCAUCAAGACACUGUAGAGAUCCUUAGCAUUGAACCUCGUAUCUUUCAGCUCCUCCUAGACUUCAUAUAUACAGGAUGUGUGCACGUUGAGGCAGAUACUGUACAGGAUCUACUCUCAGCUGCUGACAUGCUGCAGCUGCAAGGUGUUAUUGCCAUCUGCUGCUCAUUCUUAAAAACCCAACUUCACCCAUCCAACUGUCUUGGAAUCCUACACUUCGCACGAUCCCAUGCUUGUGGUGAUCUGGCAACAACCUGUUUGGCAUAUGCCUGUGCUUACUUUGCUCAAGUGUCAAAGAUGGAAGAGUUUCUUGAUGUGGAUGUGGAGGACAUUAUGUCUCUGCUUAAAAGUGAGGAACUUCGUAUAGACAAUGAGUUUGAGGUAUUUCAAGCUGCCAUGCGAUGGAUUCUUCAUGCCCCUAGUGAUAGACGCAAGACUCUUGUAAGGGUUUUAGAGCCAGUACGUUUCCCAAUCAUUUCUCAGCACCAGCUCUUUGGAUACAUUAAAGAGUGUUCAGAUUUGAGUUUACGGGUUGCUAUGGGGAAAUUGUUGGAACGCUUUAACCCUGACAAACCUCAGUCUUCAUCACUCAGACCUGCUGUUGCAUUCUCCAACCCUAGUUUGAGCAGACCACGGCAGAGUGCCAGGAAACAUGUGGUGCUUACAGGGGGUUAUCGAAGGAACCCUGGCGAACGCUUUGAUGACAUGGAAACACUGGACUCUGUGGUCAAGUUAGAUACCUUUACACAACAGUGGACAACAAUGCCAAGCCUACAGCAACCACGACAUGGUCAUGAUGUUGCUUUCUGUAAUGGCUCACUCUAUGCAAUUGGAGGAGAGUGUGAUGCCCUGAUUAAUAACAACGUGGAGAUGCUAGACCCUGUCACUAAGCACUGGACUAACAUGCCUCCUUUACUCAGCCCACGCUGUGGUCAUGGUGUGUGUAUAGUUGAUGGUGUCAUCUUUGUGCUUGGAGGAAUUGAAGGAAGUGAUGUAUUGAAAAGCAUAGAGAGAUACGAUGAAGAAAGAGGGAUAUGGUGCCUGGCUGGAAACAUGACGGAGGGGCGGAGUUACUUUGCUAUUAUAGAAGUUGAUGGAUUGAUGUAUAUGGCUGGGGGAUGCACUGAUCCCACAAGUGGAGAACUUAAGUCACUGGAGAGCUACAACCCCAUUACCAGUGAAUGGAACAGUCUUGCCAGUAUGAAACACAAGAGAUCCCAUUGCUGCAUGGGGGUGUUAGGGGACAACUUGUAUGUUGUUGGAGGGGUCAACAGAGAAAGGAAUGUGCUGAGCUCUGUAGAAAGAUACUCAAUAUUAGAGGAAAAGUGGCAGAGUGUAAAACACAUGUCUACAGCCCGGGCUGGCAUGUCUGUGGCAACUGCCAAUGGAUUGUUGUAUGUCAUGGGAGGCCGUUCUUCCGGCAAGAGCACCCGUGCCCCUAAGACGUUGGAUACAGUAGAGUGUUAUGAUCCACGGACCAAUUCUUGGAUUGAUAUGGGAAGGAUGCCCACAAGCCGAUGCGAGGCUGCUGUCACUAUUAUAUGACAACUCAAAAAUGAAUCUGAAAUUGGCCUUCAAUUUUGUCUCAACCCAGAAUAGUCAGUCAGCUGAUGUGGCCUGUUAGAAUCAGAAUUUGAAGCUUUUUCAGACCAACCACUUUUUUCCAGUCUGACUAUUACCUUCUCAACUUGAUGCUGAUUUUUGUGUUUAAUUUACGAUUAUUUAAAUUUAUAUUUAAUAUAGAUUGUGCAUGUAUUUGUGAGUUGAUGAGCAGGUACUUAGGGAAAACUGUGAAGAGAAAAGAAGAUAAUGUUUCACUUGGACACUUCCCGCUUUCAUUUGUGUCUAAAAAAGAAUUACUGUUUUGUCAUGUUCUGCCAUGAUGCCGUCUGAAUAUCAGGAAAGUUUAUUGAGAUGUACUGCACGUGAAGAUGCAGUCCUUUCAAUCACAGCUCGGUGAGUCAAAUUGUAAGACAUUGCAAAACUAGUCACAAAUAAGGGCUAUGAAGGCAAAAACAAUAACAAAAGACUGUAAGAAAAAUCUUUGUUGUACUUCUUUUCAAAAGCUUCAGAUUUGAAUCUUGAUGGACAAUUUAUGGGCUGAUGACUUCAGAUAGCUUGAUUGCAACUGUUGACAUAGCCUUUGCCUAUUUAAAAUGUUUUCAUUUGCAAUAUUAGAAGGUUUCCAAAGUGCACAGCACAUAGAGUUUAUAUAAUUAUAUACAAUGUAAAUAACUUUCAAUAAAAUUGAUCUGGGUGAUAUUA